UCAUGGCUUGGGGGUAGACGUUUCGUGGUGAGUGUGUUUUUCUGUUGUGGACUGCAGCUUGAUUUACUUAAAUGGAAUAGAGACAUCCAUUUUACAAGAGCCUGCUAGCCUGAGACUGCCUCUGUCUUUUAUGCCUUUGUCGGCACUUAGCACAACUGCCUCAGUCUGUCCUACUUCCAUGGUAACGGCAUCUGGGUGCAGGCAGGAACUCUCUAGUGGAUACACGUGACUAUCCCUAGGCGACAGUCAGGGAUUUACAUAAAAUCGGUCAAAUUGAUCCUGCUCGGCUGCCUCAUUGGGCAUGCGCCUUUUCUUUUUUUUACUGAAAACAACCAAACCGCACAGAAUUCCUGUUGACUAAAACUGAUAUUUCCGGUUCCUUCGUAUUGAAAGAUUGUCAGGUUAUGGCAUUUUUAAACAGCAGACUUUAAUCAUGUCAAUCCCUGAUAUUGCACCGAGUUAUCAGUUGGAGAGCAGCUUUCACUGGUGAGUAAAGAUAUUUAUUUCCUUUUGCAAAUUAUUUGAAGUAGCUGCCUCAAGUUCUGGUUUUACUGUAAUGCAUGAUAGUUGAAAAUGUAAGUUGACUAUUAUAAUACUAUUAUAGCCGAGCCUAUAAACUGUAUUUUAUUGUGGGUUGAUUGCAUUCAACUAGUUUAAUAUAUAAUCCCAUAAUUUAUUUGAUGCAUUGCUUAUUCCACAUCCCAUUAAAACCAGGUGUGAUGAAUACGCUGGGAGUCGGGAAGCAAGUUCAGGGAGUGUAUUUAAUAAAUAAAUGAACAUAGAGCAAAACAAGGAACUCGAGUAGCGUACAGACAUGAAACACUGAAACAGAAAAAAAUAACGUCUAGGGAAAGAACCAAAGGAAGUGACCGACAUAGGGAAGGUAAUCAGGAAGGUGACGAAGUCCAGGUGAGUCUGAUGAGUCGCUGGUGCGCGAAACGAUGGUGACAGGUGUGCGUAAUAAUGAGCAGCCUGGUGACCUAGAGCGUUGGAGAGGGAAUAUACGUGACACCAGGGACUUUUAAAAUGUACAUUACAGCCUGCUGUAACUUCAGCAGUUUAGGUUACUGUAUUGCCAAUGAUGUUGCUGUUUGUCCAAUGUAAUCUCUGUCCAGGUUAGCGCAAGGUCUAGUCCUGAGCCAAACUGAAGGUAAUUUACUCAUAGUUGAUUCCCUGAUAUCAUGUCAUUAUUGUUCUGCACACUCUGAACUCGGCAGAAAUGUAGACCCAAGAUAAAUAAGUGGAGUUGGUAGCAUGACGUCUAAUUCCAUAGUGCAUGUCCAGGCAGCUAUAGCAGAUUAAAAUGAACCAGGAUGUUCUUUCAGAGGACUCCGCCUUUUCAAACUGCUGUUUGACAUUCGAUCAUGACUGAAUCAACUCGACUGGCUUUUAAGAAAAUCCAUAACAGGUUGCAUUGGAGUUUCCAAUGCCAGCCUGUGAUAUAAAGAGCAGCUCAAUCCUCAGUCUCCCACAGAUUUACUGAAGGCAUUUAACUGAAUUGGGGCUCCAUACGGUUCAUAUUCCUUUAGCUGGAGGGCAUACUUUUCUCUCUAAUGUAUUGAUAUUUGGUUACUCACUGGAUAUGGAUGUAAUGUGCAUUGAUGUAUAGAGAUUAUGUAAAUCGGCAACUGCUGAAAUAGAUCUUCAUGUGGUUUGAUGUUCUACUGAUGUGAAUGGAUAAUCUCUCUGGCACCACUAUGAUGGGUCAGGGCAGAGGAGUCCUGCUCGCAUGGAAAAGUCUGAGCCUGUUUGUGUUUCCAUGAAGUCGCAGGUAAGAAUGUAUGUCCUGUUUAAUUCACAUUUUAGCAACUAUGAAAUGCAUUGACUAGCUGUAAACAAGAAGCUAUAUAUAUAUUUAUUUGGUAUGCUUGUAAAUUGCUCCUUUCCCAAUUAAUGCAUCCUUUGACAGACUACUACAAUCCCUUUUCUAUAACAUGUAAAUCUUUUCCAGGGGACAGAGAGAGCCUCUUCCAGCUUCAUACCAGUUAUGGUCAGCUGGAGGGCAGGCUGGUCAGAGAGAGGGAGCCUCUUCCAGCUUCAUACUAGUUAUGGUCAGCUGGAGGGCAGACUGGUCAGAGUGAGACCCAGAGGAAGGUGGCUGCCUACCUGGGGAUCCCCUGAGCCGGGCCCCUGAAGUUCCAGGCCCCCCAGCCUCCCCGGGUGUGGCAGGGACUGAGAGACGCAAAGGCUUAUUCCCCCUCUGUAUGAGCCUAAGCAGUAAUGUGUUAGCGAGAGAGACAGGCAGGGAGACAAACAGCCUAUACUGUUUUAUGGGGAACUCUGAAUCAUGCUUAUUCUGAUGAACAUUAACAUUCUGCCAUUCAUGUUUUUAUUGAUAUUGUAAGAAAAUGUCACCUUUCUUGUCCCAUUAACACAUAGGUGUCUGCAGAACAUAAACCACACGGGGUUCUAACCACCUCAGAGGACUCCCUUUACCUGAACAUCUACACACCAGUCAAACCUGGGGACCCAAGGAAACUAACUACCAGUGAUGAUUUGGAUCCAUGGUGGAUGCUUCCUCGUGGGAGGGGCUUCACUCUGUGAUGGCUCCUCAUUGUCUGCCUUCGGGGAUGUUGGGGUGGUCAUCCUCCAAUACUGUUUGGGUAUCCCAGGGUUCUCCAGCACUGGAGAUGGCCAGUACCCCGGAAUGGGUAUUCUGAACCAGGUGUGUGCCCUGCGCUGGGUGCAGGAGACUAUCAGCAGCUUUGGGGGAGACCCAGGAUCUGUCACCAUUUUUGGAGAGUCUGCUGGUGGUGUUGCUGUCUUUUUACAUGACUGUUCCACAAGGCCAUCAGUCAGAGUGGAGAACCCCCUCAUCUCUAUGUUCAUCCAGGAUGACCCCAAAGCUGCUGCACAGCUGGUGGCACAGAGAGCAGGCUGUCCCAGUGAUGACUGCAGAGCUCAUGACCUGCCUCAGUACCCUCAGGACAUAGAAGUGGCUACACCUGCGCUGGGGGAGAUGGUUCUGUCUGUGCGCAGGGAUGGGACAGUCAUCCCUACCAACCUGGAGGAAGUAGUGCAGACCAAGAGCUUCCUGAGCUUCCCCAGCAUCCUAGGGAUCAACAACCAUGAGUAUGACUGGAUGCUCCCACAUUUUUUCCUGUUUCCUGGAUGGGAUCUUGGAAUGACCUGUGAAAACAUGAUGAUCCUGGUGUUUAUGCUUCAGAAACUGCAUCUGCCAGACUCUGCCCUGGGGAUCAUCGUAGAGGAGUACUUUGGUGACAUGAAGGACCCCGUGGGGAUCAGAGAUGCCUUCUUGGAGCUUAUGGGAGAUCUACUGAUUGUGGUCCUGGGGGUGUAGGGAUAUGUGUGUAAGGUAUCUGUCUAUGCAAGAUUCUGGUUGCUUGAUCUACUAUGAGUUCCAGCAGCGCCCCUCCAUGUUCACAUCCAGCAGACCAGGCUUUGUGAAAGCAGACCACUGAGUAACCCUAAUGGAUAGAGUAUGUUUGAUGGGCCGACAUUCACUACAGAUCCGGGCUGGGCAGUGUCUCGGAGAAGAGAGCCCAGUUCUGGACAGAAGACUUCCCCAAAGGACUGCAGACUGCUGAACACAAAGGCGCACAGAGUGACCUGUAGAGCUGAAUGUUCACUAUGUCAAAUGUUGAUCUAGGAGUGUCCAUGUUGUUGCCCUCCAGUCCAGUGAUGCCAAGCAGUCUGCUAUUAGGUUACAGUAUAAUGAGGCUUUCUUUGCCUUUUCCUUAUUUUGUAUCAUAUUUUGGCCAUUUUAAUAUUCCACAUUUUCUUUAAUGGUUUGGUCUUUUUUUUAAUGUAUUUUAUUUAGCAAUUGUUUAACAUUUAUUUAGUAUUUUUAUCUUGCUGUGUUCAUAUGUCCAUUAAAGCCAUAAAAUAAUUGUGA